AAGAGCCUGACCGGACGCUUGUGUACAGCCGCUGCACGCAGGGUACGACCAGCAUCCGAAAUGCCUCGUCAUAAAAUGCACGUUGAUCAUGUCACUAAGCAGAAGUGUCGGAAAGCUCGCAACGGCUUCCCGCACGUCAAAUCGACUUCCGGCCCUUUCUUCGAGUCGUCGCAAGCUUUUGUUUUUUCUUAACUCGACUUUGUGCGCCUCUUUCGCAUGUACUGGCUAACAACAUGACACCCUAUAUUGGAUCCGAGACUACCGACACCAACGGAACUUCUGACAUCUACAAUCUCCUUGAUGGCACGAAGACAGCUCUUGAGCAAUUGCUAGCAAAGGCAAAGGACAAUCUUCCACAAGAAGCCUUGCCUCACAUCUCAAGAAUACACUUCUCCACAGCGAACACUGGCAGUCCAUACUUCCCCAGUCCACUCAAGCAAACAGAGGCUAUCACAGCACUGAAAGCGGUCGAGGCAGGCGUAGCGUCUGCGAUAGCUGAUCUUCAAGGUGGACCCAAGACACGCAGCAUCGAUGUCGAUCUGGAGAGGGCCACAGCGUUCCUGUUCUCAACAUACCUUGCCACUGUUGGCGGUAUGGACAAGGCGCACCCAAAGGUGAAGAAACUCCUGAAGGAUACCGAUUUACUGCAAGCACAGUCUAUACAGUACCGUAGACUCUCGGCCAAUUUGUAUGAGACCAAGAACCCUGGCGAAUACUUCCAUCUCCACGGCUCUCUAGAGGCUUCCAAGGCACUCAACAUGGUUGGUCUAGAAGGACAUCGCCCUGACCUCACCGACUACCAUGAGUGCAUCAAGGUCAUCGAAAACCACGUUAAGCAGUUCACUGUCGAGCAACUCGAAGAAAUGAACGCGCAGAUCAAGCAAGCUGGCGUCACUUGCCUGAAGUGGGACGACUUCAAAGCAACAGAGCACGGACAGACACUACUGCAGCAACCGCCAUGGAAGGUUGACACACUGGAGACCGAGACGCCACCUACUCCAUUCCCUUUCAAGUCUUCAUCCGCACCGAAGCCCCAAGUCCUCGCUGGUAUCCGAGUCCUUGAGCUGUGCAGAAUCAUCGCGGGUCCAGCCAUGGGUCGUGGACUUGCUGAGUAUGGUGCUGAGGUGAUCAAGGUCACAGCGCCCCAUCUCUCGGACGUUCCUUUCUUUCAAGUCGACGCGAACAUUGGCAAGCACACCACAGACUUGAACCUCAAGGAAGCGAAAGACCGUGAGAUAUUCGAGAAAUUGCUUCAGUCUGCAGAUGUUGUUCUGGACGGCUACCGACCUGGCAGUCUCAACCGCCUCGGCUACGGCCCUGAGCAACUACAAGAGAUCGCUAAGCAGCGUGGACGGGGACUUGUAUAUGUUGCCGAGAACUGCUUCGGGCAAGUUGGUCCAUGGUCCUCGCGACCUGGGUGGCAACAGAUUGCGGAUUGCGUAACAGGUGUUGCCUGGGCUCAAGGUCACGCUAUGGGUCUGCAAGAGCCUGUUGUGCCACCCUUCCCCAUGAGCGACUACGGCACAGGAUGUAUGGGCACGAUUGCUGCACUUGUUGGUUUGUACAGGCGAGCGAAAUCCGGUGGUAGCUAUGUCGGUACUACGUCCCUUGUCCAGUACGACAUCUACCUACUACAGCUCGGUCUGUACGACGAUGAUAUGAUGGCUGAGCUGCGGAAAGAGCACGACGACGAGUUUUUCGCCCUGAGACACCACGACUCGGUCGACGAGGUCGGCAAGAGAGCGCUCAAGACGAUGAGGAGAACACACCCUGAGCUGUUCGAACCACGACAUAUGCAGGCAUGCUUCAGCAAGGGGUUCGGCGCUGAGGUCAAGACGAUCAAGCCUGUCGUCGAUAUCGAAGGCUACUGGAAUGGAUUUGUGCGCAGCUCAAGACCAAACGGUUACGACAAGCCUACCUGGGACGGCUGGGAGGUUGAUGAGGAUAUGUUGAAGGUAUGAUGGCACAGGAUCACAACAUUCGGUUUCCUUACCUACUCAGCAUAUUGCAUGCGCUACGAUACCAUGACCACAUAGCAUCUCUUCAACGAAGCACUUGUCUUUCUCAUCUGUAAUCUUGCUGCUUCUCCGUCGAGCUUGCUCUUGGCCUAAUUCUGAUGCUGUCAACUCUUCCGCGAUACGAGUCGCGCGCCCCACAUUCCGCAGUCUAAAACUCGAAUCACACUCACGUCAAGUGCGUCUUCCGACGCCCUGCUUAUCGAGCCUCACUUCUCAACCAGAAACGCU